CCCAACAACUUCGUCCAUACGCCCCUUUAAGUCUGUCAAUUGAAGUUUCCUCGAAAGCUGUAUCUAUUUUAUUUUUGGAGUAUACAGAAAAGAUGAGUGCUACCAUGCCAGAGACGCCAGUGGCUGCGGCCGGCGAGAACCAAAUCGAGGAGAAGGUCGCCGCAUUAGACAUCACCCAGGGUCAGACUACUUCUGUUGCAGCAUCACUCCGAGCGAAACCCGAUGGGGCAGUCAAAACCCCAUUUGUCGACCCAGUCCCAUCAGCGAAGCCAAAGGAAGCCGUAGCUCUCACUGCCGACCAAGAAGCCAAGUACGAGGAGGUUCUUGCAACUGUCAAGACAUGGACCGAAAUCCCAUCGACCAAAGGCAAGGAGGGUCCAAUUGUGGAUGAGGAGAUUAUGUGGUUGACCAGAGACUGCAUCCUGCGUUAUCUUAGGGCAACAAAGUGGCAGCCAGCUGAGGCCGCCAAGCGUCUCCUGAGCACCCUCACAUGGAGAAGGGAAUUCGGUCUUCUGGAGCUCACGCCUGAUCACAUUUCACCUGAAAACGAGACAGGCAAGCAGAUCAUCCUCGGAUUCGACGACGAGGCCAGGCCAUGCCAUUACCUAAACCCUGGGCGACAGAACACUGAGAGCAGCCACCGACAGGUUGAGCAUCUCGCUUACAUGCUGGAAAGGGUCAUCGAUAUGAUGGUUCCUGGCCAGGAGAGCAUCUGCCUGUUGAUCAACUUCAAGUCGAGCAAAUCUCGCUCAAAUACAUCCCCGCCUUUCGCCAUUGCUAGGGAGGUCUUGAACAUCUUGCAAACCCACUACCCAGAGAGACUCGGACGUGCCGCUCUCAUCAACAUCCCAUUCGUGGUCAAUAUGUUUUUGAAGCUCAUCAUGCCUUUCGUCGACCCAUUGACUCGUGAGAAGUUGCAUUUCAACGAAGAUCUAACUAAGUUUGUCCCGAAGGAGCAACUGUGGACUGAUGUUGGUGGAGCUGUGGAGUUCGAGUAUGACCACGAGGCUUACUGGCCCGCACUCAAUGACCUAUGCAAAGAAAAGGCCAGCGAACGCAGAGUUAGAUGGGAGGCAGCUGGGAAACAUUACGGCGAGAGUGAGCUCUACUUGAAGGGAGGAGAUGUUCCAAGCUUGGGGCAAAAAGUCGAGCCAGAGGUUGCAGUGGAGGCUGCCGCACCUGUUGCAGCUGUUGCACCAGAGGCCGCAGUGGAGGCUGUAGCACCUGCUGCACCUGUUGUACCAGAGGCUGCUAUCGAGGCCAAGACUGCAGUUGCACCAGAAGCUGCUGUCGAGGCUGAGACACCCGUUGCACCAGCGGCUGGUAUCGAGAACCAGAAGCCUGAGACCAAGGAGACUCAGGCUUGAAUUGUCUCCCUAAUUGUACCUAUUAAUAAUGUUUCAUGCAGCGACAGCCUCGGGAAUUGUCCCAUAGAUACCAAAAUUAAGUAGAUAAUAAAUUUGAGAGCUUUAUCCAUAGCUUUAAUGGGAG